UGGGAGGAGCCGUGUGUGUAUAUAAAAGAGAUACAGUCAGAACAUCACAGGACAGCACAGACAGCAGCAAAACACAAUCCACAAAGAAGAAACCCAGACUACAAGCAAGAUGGUUCCAGUGUUGAUGUUACUCAUGGCAGCUCUUGUAGCUGCAGAUGAGCCAAUGAUGGAACUCUCAGAUGCAGUAGAGUCAGUAGAUAGUGCCUCUGUCUCUGUGGUUCACUGUGAUGCUGCUACUGUGUGUCCUGAUGGAACAACAUGCUGUCUGAGUCCUUAUGGAGUGUGGUACUGCUGUCCAUUCUCAAUGGGUCAGUGCUGCAGAGAUGGAGUUCAUUGCUGCCGUCAUGGUUAUCACUGCGAUUCGACAUCGACCCAUUGUUUGAGGGGGUGGAUGAGAUUGUCAUCUUCUCCUCUGCCAGCCUCCAAAGCUAUCCAGAAAACUCAGGAUCUUGAAAGGCAGACCGAGAUUGAAACUGUUCAUUGUGAGGGAAAUGUCUACUGCCCAGCUGAGAAGUUCUGCUGCAAGACAGCGACUGGCCAGUGGGGGUGCUGCAGUGGGUUGGUGUUGUAAGGAAACAACUCCCAUGACCUUGGUGAACCUCUUACCAAAGACUGCCAAAGUGAAAGAGGCUUUCAAACUCUUGAGGAUAGAUUAAUCUAACAUCCAAACUUAAUUCAUGUGAAAUCAACAUUAAUAGAAUUACAGUCAAAUUGAUUUGCCAUUUAAUAAAUGAUUUUGCAUUUUAGAAAGUGUUUGUAUUUUUAAUCAUCCAUCUACAUGGUAUUUUGUUCAUGAAUUAAUCAGUGUUUAUGAAUGAAUCUUUUACGGGAAGUAUUUGUACUCCACUUCAAUGCACCGACUUUCUCACAGCCACAACAUUGUAAAACAACAAACUACUAUGCAAAGCACAUUAAUGAUUUCAAUGAUAUAAUAAACUCAGAACUGAAACUGUA